AUGAUACGACCAACCCUCCUUUCCGCUAUCCGCCUCAAUGCCUUGCCCAAUACCUCGAAACGCGCCUUCUCCCUCCUAAACCCCACGUCGCGCUCGCACACCAACCGCAUCUUCGACCCCAUUCGCCAACCCAAUGACCUGCACACACUCACACUCCUCAACGCAUCCGACAACCGCUCCCUAAUAACAUUAUGGACCGCAACGUGGUGUCAGACCUGCCAAGCCAUCAAGCCGCUCAUCCGCCAACUCAUCGAAGAAGAAAAGAUUGGGGAGCGGGAAGGCGGACUGGGCUUUGUGGAAGUGUUGAUGGACAGCACGUUGAUUGAGGAUUUGCCUAUAAAAUACCGCAUCAGUAGUAUGCCGACGCUAUUGGCGUUUUCAAGACAGGAGGCGCAAUUUGAUACGAGGUUGACGCGGCCCGAGGAGAUGCGGAAUAAGGACUUUUUGAGGGAGUGGUUGGUUAGGGAGGCGCAGAGGGGAGGGAGGAUGGGCGGUGGUGGGGGCAGUAUGUUUGAUCAAGACUACGAGGCCGCCGUCGUGAAGGGUACUAGGCUGCUCCAGAUCCUGGCCGCGAAGGAUAAGACACAAGUUCAAAGCGCAUAUGAGGAGGUACAAGAACUAGCCCAACAUGGCUAUCUUCUAAAGCCUCAAGACAAAUUCUUUGAAAUCGACUGUAUUGCCGACGCGCUCUACGAUCUGGGUGUCAGCGACCAAAUGGUGUAUGAUGGCGGAGAGAAUAUCAGAACACAUCAUGUGCAUGACCGCGACGGAGCAGAAGCGACAGAAGACGAUACAAUAACACAUGGCUACUUUUCUCAAGUCAGCAACCCACACUCUGGUGUCUUGAUCGCAGACAGUAAUCUUAGUCCCGCACAUGCAGCGAAGUUCGAUGACGAAGGGGAAGAAGAAGCCAUAGAACUACCGUCACUGCGAUACUGGUCAGACGUAGCGUUUCUACAAUACCUUUCUUCUUUCCCCGAACCACCUAUACGGCCGAUCCCGCUCAACUACGUCUUCCGCGUUCAGAUUCAGAAUGCUGAGACGUCUCUGGUGCUCAAUAAGAUUAUCAGUAACCAUGUUACGUUUACAUACGAGAUCCCGGCAACGCAUUAUGAGGCGGCUUACAAGAAAGGUCUAUUGCUGUUUCAGAUGCUGGAAGCUAGCUUUGGUGAGCUCGGUAAUUUACUCAAAAACACAGAUACGCCAACUGAAAGCGAAUACCUCAAAUACGAAGAUCUCUUGGAGAACAAUUGGGUUGAGCGGUCCUCCAGGGACGAUUCCAAAAUUCUGGCGCGACUGUUGGAGGACCUUGGAAUCAAUACUUCAAGUAAUAUCCCUGUUUCACAUGAACACCACGGCGUUGCACCAAUAGAAGAAUCGCUACAAGAAGGACUUGAGAUGCAGAUACGCUUCGACUCAGUCAUCAACACUUCCGGUGGUACGAUUGCAGCCAUGAACACGUACAGUCCUAUGCAUGAUUGGAGAAAAGCGAAAGCGGAUGCCGAGAACGUUCUACUAGAACAAGCCGGCCACAAGUCUACGGAGAAAAAUAACGUCGGCGAUGACGUCCCUAGCCUGAAUAAUCUGGACUACAAGACUGCCAUGGUCAAAGGCAAGAAGAUGUUCCAAGUGAUGCAUGGCGAAUCUGCUGUCACGCGAAGCCCAUGCUUCACGCCCGAAGAAGUAAGAGCAAUGGGAUACAAGAGAACAAUAAGGCUUCCAUCUAUCUCUGACCUGUCGAAAAAGCUGGACAGUCUCGGUGAUCAAAGUUCUAACUCUCACUUCAUCAAUGUUACAGACGAUUACACGAGAGAUGUUAUUACUGGCGAAACACUUGUCGCGAGCGACGUGAGAUUCAUGUCCGAUAUCAACGUUGAAGCGGGAAUUCUCGUAGCAAUCUGCAACUACAGCCCGACAUACAAGGCCAAGAGGUUGAACUCGCCGGCGGCCGCCAUGUUACCCUCGCUGAAGCACUGGUCCGAUAUAGCCUUCCACCAAUGGGCCCAUUCUCAACGCACCCAGGAAGGCAUACGUAAUCUCAAGUUCAUCCACUGCUGGGUACAGCACACGGCGCAGGUGUAUCUUGGCUACUUGCGCAGCAUCGAGACCAACUUGGCCAAAAGUGCCGCCGACAUGUUCUCGUCUUUUACAUUGGGCUCCAUUGGUCUUCUGCUCUUAACCAGCGGCGCGACGACAACCUGGGCAGACUAUGCGUCCGGACACGAUGUACCAACCGCAACUGUCGACGCGGGUGUCAUAGUUGGGAAGAUCACCUCACUUCCUCAUGCACUUGGACCAGUGCAUCAGUUUCUAGGUGUGCCCUUUGCAUCACCACCCGAAAGAUUCUCUCCACCGCGAGCUGCAGAACCCUUCCAAGAGCCAGUCAAUACCACCGAGUUCAAACCAGCAUGUAUCCAACAAUUUCGAUACCCGCUGUCAAGUUCACAGUUCACGCAGGCUGUCUUCAAUAACCCGCCACCUGAAGAGUCGGAGGAUUGCUUAUACCUCAAUGUCUAUGCACCAUCGACUCCCGCGGGCGGCAAUGGCAGGGCUGUAAUGUUCUGGAUCUACGGUGGCUCACUGCAGUUCGGUAACGCUGGUCAAGAACAAUAUGACGGAAGCAGUUUCGCAGCAUACGAGGAUGUCAUCGUUGUGACGACGAACUACAGAACGAACGUAUUCGGCUUCCCUGCUUCACCAGAGCUACCACUAGCGGAACGCAAUCUUGGCUUCCUUGACCAGCGCUUUGCCCUCGAGUGGGUGCAGCAAAACAUCCACGCUUUUGGCGGCGAUGCAUCCAAAGUCACCAUCUUCGGCGAGAGCGCGGGUGCUUUCUCGAUCGAUGCGCUCCUGACCAGCUUCCCAAAAGAGAGUUCACCACCAUUCCGGGCCGCCAUCCUACAAAGUGGGCAGUACAGCUAUCGCGCAGCUCCUGCAACAUCAAGCAUACCCGCUUGGAACAACCUCACAGCGACGCUCGGGUGCCCGGGGACAUAUGGGAGCAACUUGACAUGUGUAAGAGCAGCGAACACAACGACUGUGCAAACCAUCAUCAACCAGAACUCACUCGUGUUCAAUCCAGUCGCUGAUAACACCACUUUGGUAUCAAACCCAGCAGCACAACGCCUAAGCGGCGAUAUCACGCAUAUACCAGUACUAGGAGGUACAAACAGCCAAGAAGGCCGCGUCUUCUCAGUCGGCCAAACAAACGUUACUGCCUACCUGCAAGCGACCUUCGGAGCCGCACCAGCACUCAUUCCCGCAAUCGAGGCUGCAUACCCAAUCGGUAGCAACGGUCUGACCAACGGCUAUGACGUCAUCUCACAGAUUGUCACUGAGAUCACAUUUCAGUGUCCACAAGCACUAUGGGCCAAUGCGACAGCAUCUAUUGGUAUCCCCACCUGGCGCUACUACUUCAACGCCUCUUUCGCCAACACGCAAGCUUUUCCCCAGCUCGGAGCGUAUCACGCUUCUGAAAUCCCUCUCGUGUUCCGCACAUACCCCCUUGCUAAUACGACGACGCAAGAGUACGCCUUGGCACAGUUUAUGCAAAGUACAUGGGCCAAGUUCGCGAAGAACCCAUAUGCCGGACCUGGAUGGAAUGCUGUUGGUACGGGUGCUGAGGGUAAUGUCUUGGUUGGUGCCUACGACUUUGUGGCAGGUGGAGUGUAUCAGGACCAGAAUGCCACUGCCGUAGAAGGAGAUUGGAACUUGGGUGUUCUCGGCGAUGUUGGAGAUGUGAGGGGAAGCGGUGUCACUGUGCUGCCGCAGUCCGAUCUUGAUUACAGAUGUAGUCUCUUUAGGCCUAUCUUUGAGGCUAAUGUGGGUCCGCAAGGUAUACCUCCAUCUUGA